CGAUGAAGAUAAUGAAAGUUUCCCCACACCACACCAAGUGUAUUAAUACCUGACUGUCCUUGCCCUUCAUCUUUCCCAUCUUUUCCCUCUUCCACUCCCAAUCAAUCCUCUCCAUUCUCGGCCUCCAAAACCUACUAAGUACGCUAGUAACUGCUUGGGACUUUCGGGUCAUUGAAACUUCAUCAGAUUCUACUACUCAUACACUUUAUCUCACCCUUCGUCACAAUGAGCGGCCGUGGUUACUCGUACAAGAGCAGUGGCACCAACAGCCAGGGCAACCAUUACUGCGCUCGGGACUACGGUAGUAGUGCUGCCAACUCGAACUCCUACCACUACUCCAACUCCGAUGGCUCGUACUACUAUUCCAACCCCAGUGGUAGCACUUACUACAACAAUGGUCAAGGCGGAUCAACAUACACCUCUCCAUCUGGCACCCAAUAUUCCAACUAUGGAGGCAGCAGCUCCGGCAGUGGUAGCAGCUCCGGCGGUGGUAGCGGCAAAAAGUAAGAGUCUCGUCUAUACUGAUCACUCAGGCGAGCUAUGAAAGCUCCCAGGGACAGUAUCAAGAUGCACCUUCACUAGAAACCAUGGAGAGGUA